GCUUCCUCUGCUCUAUCCACACGUGUGUUAUUGGAGUAUGAUGCUGCGCGAGAUCUGCAAAACAUAAAGAAAAAUGUCGGCGUUCAAGAGAAAACGUGGAGGACAGACUCCUGGAAAUAAAAAAGCAAAGAAAGUCAAAUUUGUCGCAGAUGCAGGUGAAGCACCGGUAGAAAAUGAUCAGGAGAAGACAAACGAAAUUACAGUUCCAGCACCGGUUUCACAGGGCAAAUGGAAAAACAAGGAAAGGGUUCUCAUUUUCUCCUCAAGAGGAAUCAACUUCAGAACAAGACACUUGAUGCAAGACCUGAGGACCAUGAUGCCUCAUUCAAAAGCAGAUACAAAGAUGGACAGAAAGGACAAGUUGUUUGUUGUUAAUGAGGUGUGCGAGAUCAAAAACUGCAACAAAUGCCUCUUCUUUGAGGCCAAGAAGAAGCAGGACCUCUACAUGUGGAUUUCAAACACCCCUCAUGGACCUUCUGCAAAGUUUCUGGUUCAAAACAUUCACACACUGGCUGAACUCAAGAUGACAGGAAACUGCCUCAAAGGAUCCAGGCCGCUGCUGUCGUUCGAUCCUAAAUUUGACUCGGAGCCUCACUUUGCUUUACUAAAGGAGCUCUUCACCCAGACCUUUUCCACCCCGCGGUACCACCCUAAGAGCCAGCCUUUUGUGGACCACGUCUACACAUUCUCCAUUGCAGACAACAGGAUAUGGUUCAGAAACUACCAGAUCAUCGAGGAAGACGCUGCUCUUGUGGAGAUCGGCCCUCGCUUUGUUCUCAACCUCAUCAAGAUCUUUCAGGGGAGUUUUGGAGGACCUACGCUCUUUGAGAACCCCGACUUCACAUCUCCUAACAUGCACCGGAGACAGAUCCGACUAGCCGCAGCAGCCAGAGUGCGAGAGAAGCAGAUGGUGAAGGAGUUGCAGAAGAUGAAGAAAGGCGAAACAAAGGGGGAUGUGACUGAAGAUGUUACAGCUGAUGUGUUCCUGACACCAGCUGAUGACAAGCCUGAUCUCAUUCAAACAGAAGCGCCUGAGCCCAAAGUAGUGAAGAAAAACAAACACAAAGCUUUCAAAAGGCAAAGGAUGGCACGCAGGUAACUGGAUGGACUCUGAUACGCUGGAUGAUGGCUUACGCCUGCCAUGAUUCACUGUGGUCUCGAGUAAAUGUGGUAAUGCAACCGUGCAGUCAGGUUUAAAGUCAAAUCUGAUUAUUUUUUUCAUUAGCGUACAAGAAGACUUUAUGUACAUGGCAUUUAGUUAUCAUUGACAGAAUUGGAGGAUACCGGUUGUGUUCAAGAUCUGUUGGCAUAGUGUGUGUUUUCAAACGCAUUGUACUCUCACUCAGAAAUAUUGUGCAAACUGUAGCUGGCCAUUAAGGUGCAGCUUUAACAGUAUUUUUUCCCUGCCUUUUUUGAUAAAAGUACAUAUUCCAUCAACGUAAAAGAACGUUUAUUGAUUUUUAGUGAAUAAAGUUGUUUUAUGUCAUAAAAAUGUAUCAAUUUAA